UGUUUUAGUGAAAUUUUAACUUAAAAUAAUGGAUUUAGAAAAUAUAAACAGCUGGGUCUCACAGCCAGAUGUAUGCAGGUGUUGCCUUUCGGCCAGCGGGACGUGGGAUGUCACAGCUUCUUACAUAUCAGAUUCGGGAAUCAAGGAAGUGUAUUUUGAAAUGCUUCGAGAUUGUUAUGGCAUUACUUUGUCCUAUCUCUCGGAGUGGGGCCCGAGCCGGAUGGUGUGCAAGCUGUGUGUGGGUCACCUGAGGGAGGCCUGCAGCUUCCGCGACCAGGUCAGGGCUGCGGAGAAACAUUUUACGGAAUACUGCAGCAGUAGAGAUCAUAACACUGGCAUGGUGACAGUCAAAUUAGAAGAAAAUGUCAAAGCUAACAGUCCAGAAGCUGAUGGUUUCAGUGAUAGGGGAGUCCCAUCUGAAGACGAAAACAAUCGAAUAUCGCCUCCAGUUGUAAAACCUGAAAAAAGAAUACAAAAGAGAAAGAGACAGAAAACAGAUAAAGUGAGACAAAAGAAAAAGAAAACUAAAACGGAAUACGAUUCAGAUACGCCUAUUGCCAACAUGAUAGAUAAGAAUGAACCUUCAUGCAAUGAUAAUAAGGCUGUGAUUGGAAAUGUAAAAGAUGAAACUCCCAAUGUUGAGAGGCCACCGCAUACCGGGGCGAACGGUGCCAAGCACUUAUCGGACCGGAAACGCGUCAUGCUGACGUGUGACGUCGUCCUUAGACACACCACCGCGUGCCCCUUCCGUCACCACAAGAGCUGGUUCCAAUGCUUCUUCUGCUCACAAGGAUUCAUGGAAAUGAACCUCCUCAGAAACCACACCCUCCAAGAUCACUCAAAUGUAGACUCUGAAAUAAAAAAAAUAAAACGCUACCCGCGCUCCCUCCAAAUCGACAUUUCGAAUUUAGAAUGCCGCAACUGUCACUCGCCGAUGACAGAUGUCAACGAAAUGCGCCGCCAUCUUAGCGACGCGCACAGUAAAGUCAUUUACAACGAGUGCAUAGCCGAUUAUAAGGUUAACGCCAGUCCGUUUACGUGUCAUAUUUGCAAACAGGAGUUCCACGUGUUCCGAACUCUGACUACCCACAUAAACGAGCAUUACGCGAACUGUAUUUGCGAGGUUUGCGGGAAAUCGUUCCUUAAUUCUAAGAGGCUUAAGGUUCACAAACGCACUCACGAAUCUGGAAACUUCCCUUGUUCCGAAUGUGGGAAGGUUUUGAAGACGAAGACUUCCCAAGCUAACCACAUGGAGAGUGCUCACUCUAAGCGACAAAUGAAGUGCCAGAUCUGUUUUAAGCCCAUGAAACAUUAUAAUGAGAGGAUCAAACACAUGUCGGAAGUUCACAACAUAACGCAUAAGUUCAAAUGUCCUAUAUGCGGUAGGGAGUACAAUAUAAAACAUUAUUUGGCGACUCACAUACGCCAGACUCACGGGCAUAAGAAUAAAAAGUGCUCUGAGUGUGGCAUGGCCUUUAUUACGAAUCAUGGCUUGAAAAAGCAUAUGCUUAAACAUUCAGGAGUCAAGCCGUUUUCUUGCAAUGUCUGUAGUAAAUCGUACGCGAGGAGUUAUACUUUGAAAGAACACAUGCGGGUUCACGAUAAUGACAGGAGGUUUGGUUGCCCUGAGUAAAACUGAAGGCGCCAUC